AUGUUAGAAUUUUAUUCUAAUUUGACUGCAUUAGGUGGCGCCAUGGGACCCAUGAGAGGCCCAGAAGACGAAGCUCUUAGGGGCAAUUUACCUUGUGCUGAUAGACCAGAAUGUGAGCCUCCACCACCUAUAGCACCGAGCAUAAAACUCGAACCCCAAGCCACUGGCGCUUCAUCCUGCACAGGCUGCGGUCGUCUGAUCCUGGACCGAUUCCUGCUCCGAGUGGCAGACGCAUCCUGGCACGAACAUUGUUUAAGAUGUUGUGCCUGCGGCGACACGUUAUCCAGGUCCUGCUUCGCUCGCGAUUUACGCCUUUACUGCAGGGCGGAUUACGAACGAGCAUUUGCAGCCAAAUGUUCCCGCUGCUGCGAACGAUUGCUCCCGAGGGAUUUGGUGAUGAGAGCUCAACAGCAUGUUUAUCAUGUGGCUUGUUUUUCUUGCGCCGUUUGUGAAAGACCUCUGCAGAAAGGAGAACAGUUUGUUAUAAGAGCUGGAAGACUGUUCUGCAGGCGAGACUUUGAAAAGGAGAUGUUUUUUCUAGGGGUGGAUGAUGAUAUGAUUGUAGAUGAUUCAUCAAGACCAAGAGAUGGAAGAAGAGGCCCCAAAAGGCCUCGAACGAUACUGACAUCAGCCCAAAGAAGACAAUUCAAAGCAUCAUUCGAACUUAGUCCUAAACCCUGCAGAAAAGUCAGAGAAGCUUUGGCAAAGGAAACUGGACUGAGCGUGCGGGUUGUUCAG